AUGUCUCCCGUGGUGGAAAAUUCGGUCUGCCUCGACAUAGCGAUUGACCACCGCAUCAGGCGACUGUUCAAACCCGUCUUUCAGCCCCACACAGAGCCGUCCAAACACGUUUCCCGAAUAGAAGCGGAAGGCCGGUCGCUGGAGCUACCUAUCGCCGAGAUUGAGGUCACGGCAAAGCUGGCGGGUCCGCCAGUCAUGGGCGGUAUCGCCGUCUUGCUUCAGCAGCCGCGGCACAACCACCCAUUCGAACAAGGCCUCGAUGCCGUUAUCGCCGACUGCGAGACCCUCCGCGCCCUCGACGACAUAUUCUCAGUGGUUUCCUGCGGGACCAUGGACAUCAGCAAGAAUAUUGCCGUUAUUGACCUCGUGCCGUACGUUACAAAAAGCUUGGCUGAUGUCGACGACACGAGGCUAAAGAAUGCUUUCCAUACGUCGGUCGAGACCAUCUUGGACAAGAGACCUGAUGUGUUGCUUUGCGCGGGCAGAUUAGACAUGCCCCACGGUAGGGCAAGGAAGGUCAAGGGGUCGGCCUACAUGCUUGAGCACAUUGCUAUAGGAAACAAGUUUGGAGACGAUUCCAAGCAUCCAGAAAUUGCCAGAAUCAGACCCGAAGGGCAAAAGCAAAAGCAUGAGCUUGUCAAGUUCCGAAAGGUAAACGGCUUCCAUCCGAGCCACGCGGUGAACUAUCAUUCGCAUUUCAGUCCUCUUAGGCAGCUGCAAAUCCUCAUUGGCGCCGAAGUCUGUGGUGUGUACCGGAACGACUGGGCAGAAGAGCCAUGGAUGAAUGACAUCAGGGAACAUUGUUCGAGAUACGGGUUAGAAAGAGCGACGCUGUCCACGAAGUCUCGAACCCGAGAAAGUCCGGGUCUAAAUAAGGCCAGGGGCAAAAUGUAUACGCCAGAAUACCAAAAGCUCUACUCUGAAGCGCUCUUGGAAAUCAAGAGACUCGCCCAUCCUCUCAUCUCAUCCGAGGAAACCUACGAGACGCUGCUCGCGAGCGGUCUCGGCGAGAAAUGUAACGACGCCAGCCUUGCCCUGCGCCAGAUGCUCCGCCUCAAGAACAUAGGCUGGGAAGGCUCCUCCAUGACCUGGAAAAAUGAAGAAGCCCUCAAAACAGCAACGGCCGAUACCUACCGCUUCGCCGUUGAAACCAAGCGCUUCCUUCCAAAACCCACCCAAGCUGCCCAAGACUUUGACGAUGUCAACCCGCUUGAGGAAAUAUUUCGAAAGAACCUGGAUCGCAUCUCUGAGUGCAUCACGGCGGUACGGCCCCGGGUGUACGCCCUUGACUUGGGUGGCGCUGCAAACGCUUUUCUGCAGUUGGCGGUUGACAUAGAGACGAUGCUUCUGGAGCUCCUGGAGCAGCAGGAGGAGGACCUUAUAAUAGAAGGUCUGCUUCAAGCGUUGACCAGCAAGAUAGACAAAAUGAGCCUGGCCCAAGUGAUUGAGGCCGUGCCACAGUCUCAGGAGGUUAGCAGCCCGUAG